CGCGCGGCUGGCGGACACCAGCCCCGCCCCGCCGCGCCGCGCCCCCGAGCGGUUGCCCUGGCAGCGGGGCGGUGCGUGGCCGAAGCUCACAAUCGGCCCUGACUCGGCGGCUCUCACCCCGCCCCCUGCGCUCACCUGGCUGCGAGCUCGCCUGCUGCGGACCCGGGGCCCAUGGACACACACAACCCCUCCCUGCAGCCCCACGCGCCGGCUCGCCUGCUCUGCCCACGUAGACACCCUUCACGGCUGGGCGCCCAAGCAGGGCUCCGGGAGCCCGCGGUCGCGGCUGGGGCCCCCGCCAGGUGGCAGAGAACAAGGGCCGCGGCCGCAGGGCGCCCCCGCAGGCCGAGGCGCGUCGAUGCCUGGUCAUCCGCGGCUGCUGAUCAGCCUCAGGACUAAGAGUUUUUGUUUUGGUCCAGAAAAGCAUUUUCAAGAAGGUGGUCGAAUAUGGCUUUAGCCGAUAAGAGACUUGAGAACUUGCAGAUCUACAAAGUUCUUCAGUGUGUUCGGAACAAAGACACGAAGCAGAUAGAAAAGCUGAUCAGGCUUGGAUACCCUGAACUAAUCAAUUUCACAGACCCCCUCAAUGGACACAGUGCUCUGCACUUGGCCUCGGUUUCCAAUGACGUCGAUAUGGUCAGCUUUCUCCUUAGCCUUGGUGCUCACCCUGAUGUGCAAGACAAGAUGGGUUGUACUCCGACAAUGAGGGCUGCAGAGCUGGGGCAUGAAUUGUCCAUGGAAAUAUUAGCCAAGGCAAAGGCUGACAUGACUAUAGUUGAUAAUGAAGGAAAAGGUAUUUUGUUUUACUGCAUUUUACCUACUAAGCGGCAUUAUCGCUGUGCAUUGAUUGCCCUGGAACAUGGCGCAGAUGUCAACAACUCUACCUAUGAAGGAAAACCAAUAUUUCUUAGAGCUUGUGAAGAAGCACAUAAUGUUAAAGACACGUGCCUGACAUUUUUGGAAAAAGGAGCCAAUCCAAAUGCUAUCAACUCAUCCACAGGUCGAACGGCUUUAAUGGAAGCAUCAAGAGAAGGAAUGAUAGAAUUAGUUCGAGGGAUAUUGGAAAGAGGAGGUGAAGUGAAUGCCUUUGACAAUGAGAGAAAACAAGCUGCACAUUUUGCUGCCAAAGGAGGCUUUUUUGAUAUAUUGAAGCUUCUUUUUGCUUACAAUGGAGACAUGGGGCUGAUAUCAAUGAAUGGGAACACACCACUUCAUUAUGCUGCCAUGGGUGGUUUUGCAGAUUGCUGUAAAUAUAUAGCUCAACGAGGAUGUGACCUGAAAUGGAAGAACUUAGACCAUAAAACAGCCAGGACUGUGGCCAAGGAAGGUGGCUUCAAAGCAGCAAGCAAAGAAAUAGGGCGGGCGGAGCGCACCGCUAACAAGCUGGCGCGGCCGGGAGCCAAAGAUCCAAAUCCACUCUGGGCCCUGAGACUUCACGACUGGUCGCUAGAACACGAGACUUUCCUUCGGGAAGCCUUGUCGUUUGUGGACAGAGGCGAUGGGACGGUCAGCAAGGAGGACUUCGUGUUGACGCUGGAGGAGAGGCAAGAAUACGCGACCCCAGAACAGCUGGCUGUGAUAGCUCAGUAUCAUGAGAAAUUGCGGGGAGCUGGGGUCAACAUUAAUGAUUUCUUCAAAGGAACCAGGUACCUGAGUAAGUCUUACGUCUUGGGAUCCUAUGGGCCUAAGAAGAAGAAGAAAGGGAUGGCCAAAACGCCAAAGAAAGGCAAGUUCGUCUUGCCCCUACCAAUCUGCAUCAUCCCUGACCAUGUAUUUCCCCGCCGGGGUGACGGCGGGCCGCCCUAUUACAUGAUUGAAACCUACGAGAAUGUAACAGAUAGCGCUCGGUUUAACCGAGACGGGCCGCCCGAACAUCCCGUCCGGGAUGACUCUGCCUGGUACAUCGAUGAUCCACCGAAGGUAUUUUCAAAUAUCAACUUCAUCACCAAGGCAGGAGACCUGGCCUCUCUGAAAAAGGCGUUUGAAUCAGGAAUACCUGUGGAUAUGAAGGAUAAUUACUACAAAACACCGCUAAUGACUGCGUGUGCCACGGGAAACAUAGAUGCCGUCAAGUUUCUUCUUGAAAAAGGGGCUAACGUUAAUGCAAGAGAUAAUUUCCUGUGGACCCCACUUCAUUUUGCAUGCCAUGCAGGCCAACAAGACAUCGUUGAGCUUCUUGUUAAAGCUGGAGCAGUGAUAGAUGCGGUCUCAAUCAACAACUCCACCCCUUUGACUAGAGCCAUCGAGAGCUGUAGACUGGAUACCGUAAAGUACCUUCUUGAUAUCGGCGCUAAAUUCCAGCUGGAAAAUAGAAAAGGACAUACUCCCAUGGAUGUUGCAAAGGCAUAUGCUGACUAUAGAAUAGUUAGUUUGAUUCAAGAGAAGCUGGAUAACUUGCCAAAACCAACAGAAAAUCAAAAACUGAAAGGCAAGCCACCUCCUAAAGUGAAGACUGAAGGCCCUGAAGUUAAGAAAGAAGAGGAACCACUUUCAUCUGUUUAUACCAUACCAACCAUAUCAGAGGAAAAGAAAAUGCGUAAGGAUAAUGUGGUUUAUCUCAAUUCAUUGAUUACCAGUGGUUAUACCAAGAAAGUGGAUAUCACAUUUAUUCCACGGAGGAUCUGGAGUCCUGAAGCCACAACAGCAGAGCUGAUCAGAAAAAGGGAGCUGCGGCGAGAGAGGUUCACUUAUGAGGUGGACUUUGAAGACUUCAUGAUGCCCUUUCAGAAGAACAUCACAGAAAAAGCUAAAGCCUUGGAAGCCGCCUUCAAGACCUAAAUCACAGCAGCUGCUUCUUGCGGUCAACAUUUUGAGGCCCAGGGACCAUACUUCAGAGAAAAUUGGUAUUUCCAUCAAAGUCAAAGCAAUCCACAAAUUAAGAAUUUGUAACCAAACAUUUGUUUUUGCUCUAACAACUAUAAAUAUUCUGAGCUAUCUAGAAAGUGUGUAUUUUAUUUUGCAAUGAAUUACAUAUUCUGGAUAAACCCCCUAAUCUUCUUUAAGGAUGUAGAGGAAUAAAUGGCGUUUUCGUUAUAAACAUAACAUUAUUACAAAAAAUUUACAGGAUGUAUGUCAUUAUGUUGCUAAAGUUAUAAUUCUAGUGGAAAUUGAUGAAAACAAUUUAAUAGUAGGGAAGAGAAGUAGGUUUUCUUUUUUAAAAGAUUUUAUUUUUUUAUUUGACAGAAAGAAACACAGCAAGAGAGGGAACAAAAGCAGGGGGAGUGGGAGAGGGGAAAAACAGGCCUCCCACGGAGCAGAGAGCCCGAUGCAGGGCUUGAUCCCAGGACCCUGGGACCAUGACCUGAGCCGAAACGACUGAGCCACCCAGGCACCCCGGGAAGAGAAGUAGUUUUAAUCCAUUAAGUAAGGAGUUUGUUUCUGACACACCAUUGUAUGUAUUAGAUACUGGUAUGUAUCCGGUACCUUGGGUCAGAUAAACUUUAUCACCUCUAGCAGACGCUGUCAGCACUCCACCCCUUUCUCCUCUGCUUUGGGAUUGAAGUAGGCCUGACUUCCAUGGAUGCUGGAAGGCUGCCUCUGACAUAGUAGGACCCAAGUACGUGAGAAUGAGAGCCUCCUGGAAGCAGCUCUCAACCAGAGACUGAAAAGAUAUGGUGUAUUAACACCCCAGCUCCCUCACUGCCCUAGUUGGAUUGUUUGGAAGUGCGCAUUCCUACUGAUUGCUAAAGCUCCCCUGAGAGGUUAAGAUCACAUUGCCCACAGUGGUAAUUUGAUAACACACCCUUCACUGGCCACUUUCCCUUCUCUGUCCUCCCACAUUUCUCCCACACCUACAGAUCUUUAUCAAGAUCACCUCUGAAAUACAUAUACCUAAACCCUUGUCUCAAGGUUGCUUCUGGAAGGACCCAAACUAAGACAACAACUACAGUACUAGUUAUGAUUCUGAGACCCCCUAGCGAAAAUUUUAAAAGUGCGUUCCCUGGGAUGCCUGGGUAGCUCAGUCGGUUAAGUGUCUGCCUUCAGCUCGGGUCAUGAUCCCGGGGUCCAGGGAUUGAGCCCCACAUUGGGCUCUUUGCUCAGUGGGGAGCCUGCUUCUGCCUCUCCCUCUGUCGCUCUGCCUACUUGUGCUUUCUCUCUCUGUGUCAAAUAAAUAAAUAAAACCUUUAAAAAAAAAAGUGCCUUCCCUUAUCUUCUGUUUACUAUAAAAUAAGCAUUUCCCCAGCAAGGAUGAUGUGCCCCCAGGGUUUUGUGCAAUUAAGAAACAGUUCAAGUGGUAUUCAUACACUAGCUGAAACUUUGAGCAAAAUUUCCAGAUGCCAAAAAAACAUAUAUAUGAUAAAGAAUGACCAGAUAUCAUAUGUGACUUUUUCUUAAGGCAAAUGUAUGGGGUGGGAGCAAGGGAGAAGAGGGGGUUUAAGAGACCCACCAUGAACCCUUACAAUUGUCCACUGGGAUUUAGGGCAGGGGCCUGAUACUUGGAAAAGAGGUAUGUCAGGAUUCUACCAGAGAAAUAGAACCAGUAGUAGAGAUAGAUAGGCGAUGAUAGAUGAUAGAUAGAUAGAUAGAUAGAUAGAUGAUAGAUAGAUAGAUAGAUAGAUAGAUAGAUAGAUAGAUAGAUGAUAGAUAGAUGAUAGAUAGAGCAAGGGAUUUACUGCAAGGGGCUCACUUAUAUGAUUGUGGGACUGGCAGAGCAGGCCAUCAGGAAGGCCAGGCUGGAAACUCUUAGGUGAGAGGGUGAGAGCUGUCCCUGCAGUUCACAAGUGGAAUCUCUUCUUCCACAGGGAAACUUCAAUUCUGCUGUUAAGGCCUUUCUACUGAGAGGAUCAGGCCCACCCAGAUUACAGAGGAUAAUCUCCUUUAUAUAGAGUCAACUAAUUGUAAAUGUUAAUUGCAUCUAUGCAGCUCCUUCACGGCAACACCUACACUUACUGUUUGACUGAGUAACUGGGUGCUAUAACCCAGCCAAAUUGAGACAGAAAACUGACCAUUGCUGGAGGUGUACUGCUGAGUAAAAAGCGAGGGGAGGCAUCACCCAUACAGGAAAUGCAGUGAAUGCUGGGCAGGAGUGCCAAAAAUAUCCAGACAGAAGUUCACUUUAGGAUUGCCUUAGCAAAGGGCACAGACUCCAAAUUACAACUCUGUCAGCCAUGUAUGACAAAAACCCUUUGCUUUAUCCCCUCCCUCACUUUCCACCUGUGGAAGAGCCUUUAAUGGAGCUAGUGAGUGGUGAGGAGGCUGGAUGAGUGAGCAAGUAGCUAACCAGGCCCACUUUCCCCUGAGGCGGGCUUGAGCUGGAGUUCCUUACAAGUUGUAUAUUAUGGAGCCUGGAGAUUUGCUAUUAGACAGAACUGAAUUUUGUUUGUUUUAUGAGUUUUGUGUGUAUGUUUAUUUUUAAUUAUUUCGAAGUUUUGAAAUGUACAGAAAAGUUGCAAGAAUUUUACAAAGAAUUCCUGUAUAUCCUUCGCCCAGAUUACCUACAUGUUAACCACAUAUCUUCUUUCUUUCUUUCUCUCUCUAUAUACCCAUGUAUGUAUAAUUUGUUUUCCUCAACUAUUGGAGUGUCAGUGGAAGACAUGAUGUCCCUUACCUUACAUACUUCAGUACGUAUCUCCAAAAAACAAAGACAUUCUUUUACAGAACCAUAUUACAGCUGCCAAAAUUAGGAAAUUAAUAUUUGAAUUAACUAGUCUACAGACCUUGUUCAGAUUUUGUUAUUUGUCGCAAUCAUAUCCUUUACAGUGAAAGAAAAUCCCAGAUCAUGGGCUGCAUGAGUUGCCCCAUCUCUUUCAUCUCAUUUUUUUUGACAUUGAUAUAUUAGAAGAAUGCAUGCCAGUUAUUUUGUAAAAUGUCCUUCAAUUUUGAUAUCUUAUGUUUCCUCAAGAUAGCUUCAAGUGAUACAUUUUAGGCAGGAAUACCACAGAUGUGAUAUUGUGCCCUUCUCAGUACAUCAUAUCGGGAAGCACGUGAUGUUGAUAUAUGAUGUAAACUUUGUGAACUCUAAUCUCUUGGUUAAAGUAGUAUCCAUCUGGUGAAGUGGUAUUUCUCUACUGUAAAGCUAUUAUUUUUCCCUUUGUACUUAGUAUCUUAUGAAUAAAAUCUAUGAAACUAUAUAAA